AACAUUUCCAAAGAAAGGCCAAACAUGUGUUGUUCAUUACAUAGGUAUGUUGCAGAACGGGAAAAAGUUCGACUCCUCUCGAGACAGGAACAAGCCCUUCAAGUUCAAGAUUGGACAUAGCGAGGUCAUUAAAGGCUGGGAAGAAGGAGUAGCACAGAUGAGCCUGGGCCAGAGGGCUAAAAUCACCUGCACACCGGAUAUGGCUUAUGGAACAACAGGCCACCCCGGAGUCAUCCCACCAAACGCAACCCUUAUUUUUGAUGUGGAGCUGCUUAAGCUGGAGUGACGCAUGGGGUAGAAGGCAAAGGUAGAAGGUUAAUGGGGCUGCAUUCACCAUAACCCAUUUCCACCGGGAGACCAUACCCGACUGUCGCCUCUCACAGCCACCCGCUCUUAUGUUUCUCUGUUUUCCCAGCCUUCGUCUUUUUCUUCAGUUAGGUAUUUAAACGCAUCUUCCGCUGCUUCAUUGCCAUCGUUUUGAGCUAGAUGCUGCAAGAAAAUGUUCAUGUCGUACAAGACUCUUAUACACACACACACAUUUUGGUUUGUUUCUUACACAUGCUUGUUUUGUUGAACUUCAUUUAAUGUUGUAAAUUUUGUUGAUCCCUGUUCUCUUUGAAAAGCCGUACUACAUUGCAAUCAAAACAUAUAUUGCCUUACAGUUUGAACAGCGGAGUUGAGGGUACAUAGGUUAAAAGUACAAUGUCUGCUCUGUAUAUUUACUGGGCAUUAUAUACCACUGUCUGCAUCGCCACUUUGAAAAAAAGGCUUGUCCUGCUGAAUGCUCUGAAUGAUGUUGCUGUGUUUGGUAUAUUUUAUAAUCCUUGUGAACAUGCAAGUGUAACCUAUAAAAUCAAACCCAAUCAAUACUGUACAGAAGUCUUUAAGAGCCAUUGCUACUAUGACAGUUUAUUGACCAACUCUUGAAUAAAGUGGCAUGCACUAUGUUAAAAA